UAGUGUAUCUGUGGCUCGGUCUGUAUUCAAGCUGUCAAAAUAUUUGGAGUGGAAUAGGAAAUCGAUCGAUUGUUAUUCGUAAAUAAUUAAAUAUUCAUAUGAAGUAUAAGCACUAUUAUAUUUUAUACAAGCUUUAAAAUCCAAAAACAGAAAGCGUGGAGAGCCUUACCUAACAGUGCACCCUUGCCCUUGAAACCAUAUUAAAAUGAGUCCUGUUGAAAGUGUACCAGUUGCGGUCCUCAACAAUGUUGAUGAUUAUGUGGAGUUACUUUAUGAUGAUAUCCCAGAGAAAAUUAAAGGAUCUGCACUAAUUUUACAGCUUGCUAGAAACCCGGACAAUUUGAUUGAACUGGCCCAUAAUGAGGCUUUACUAAGUGCCCUGUCUCGAGUACUCAGAGAAGAGUGGAAAAGAAGCAUUGAGUUAAGCACCAAUAUUGUGUACUCAUUCUUUUGCUUUUCUACUUACAAUGAUUUCCAUCCAAUCAUCAUUCAAUACAAAAUUGGCUCACUUUGCAUGGAUGUAAUUGAUUAUGAACUAAAAAGGUAUGACCAGUGGAAAGAGAAAGUUGAAGGGAAAAAACAGAUACUUACUCCAGACAAGAGUGAAUUACCAAAGAGCCGUAUUCCAGAGCCGAAGCGCCGGCCGAAGUCAGGCACGUGGGCCGUCGCUGAUGUAAACCUACAGAAAAGUCGCUCCUUAGUCUCCAGUUACCAUGAGGACUUAUGCAAUGCCUCAGACGAUUGUCUCUCCAAAAACGACGAGGAACAAAUGAGAAGAAAGCUAAAAACUCUAUCUAAACGACAAGAGCAGCUUCUCAGAGUAGCUUUCUACAUGUUACUGAAUGUAGCAGACAAUGUCAAAGUUGAAGAAAAAAUGCACAAGAAAGAUAUUGUUGGUCUCCUCAUUGGCGCCAUGGAAAGGCAUUCUAAUAUUGAUCUACUCAUCCUCAUUGUUUCAUUCUUGCAGAAGCUUUCAAUUUUCAUAGAAAAUAAAAAUAGCAUGGCGGCCAAAGGCAUUGUUGAAAAGUUGGCACCAUUAUUGGAGUCACCUAACGCAGAUUUAGUUAAUGUGACGCUUAAACUGUUAUUCAAUCUUACAUUUGAUACUAAGCUACGCAACAAAAUGAUUAAAAUGGGCUUACUCCAGAAGUUUAUCAAUUUUACAAGUGAUGACAAGCACAUUAAUUUGGCAAUGAAAAUCCUAUAUCAUCUGAGUAUGGAUGAUAGAGUAAAAUUAAUGUUUACACAGUCAGAUUGCGUCAAACUGUUAACUGACAUGCUUCUACUGAACGUGAACAGCGAGAGCGGAAUCGGUGGCAGCGCGAGUACCGACGUGCUCCUCGCGCUGUGCGUGAACCUCGCGUGGUGCGAGCGCGCGGCGCAGCAAAUGGCGGCCGAGGGGCGUCUCAGAGAACUGCUGACACGCGCCUUUCGCCAUCGGAACACAAUGCUCAUGAAGCUGGUCAGGAAUCUAUCGCACCAUGCGCAGAAUAAACCGCUCUUUGUGGAAUUCGUAGGAGACAUUGCCGGGGCCGUCACCAGCAGCGAUGCGGCCGAAGAGUUCGUGAUUGAAUGCAUCGGCACCCUCAGCAACAUACUCGACUUCAACGGCGCCCUCGAUAUCUUCGCCGUCGUCGAACGAUACAACCUCAUUCCGUGCAUCAUGAAGAUAUUGGACCCCGACAGCAGCAGCGACCCGGAGCUGGUGCUGGAGGGCGUGGUGCUGGCGGGCGCGCUGGGCGCCGAGCCGCGCUGCGCCGCCGCGCUGGCCCGCGCCGGCGCGCCCGACGCGCUCGUGGCGCUGCUGCGGCUGCGCCAGGCCGACGACGAGCACGUGCUGCAGACCGUGCUCGCCUUCCGCCAGCUGCUCGCGCACCGCCCCACCGCCGAGUACCUCGUGUCUCGCACAGAAGCUCCAGCUUAUCUCAUCGACCUUAUGCAAGAUAAAAAUGUGGAGAUCAGAAAGAUGUGCGACUCAUGUCUUGAUAUUAUUUCUCAAAUGCAAAACGACUGGGCAGCUAGAAUUAAGGUGGAGCGUUUCCGCUGCCACAACGGGCAGUGGCUAUCAGUGGUGGAAAGCCUAGGCGCGGAGGGCGCGGGCGCGGGGGACGCGGCCGACGAGCUGCCCCCGUACCUCUCCGCCGAGUACCUCACCACGCACCGCCUCGCCACCUCCGGUACUGUACCCGUUCAUCACUCACAGUCGUCGGGUGCAUGGCGCGGAGGGCGGGGGACGCGGCCGACGAGCUGCCCCCGUACCUCUCCGCCGAGUACCUCACCACGCACCGCCUCGCCACCUCCGAUUCCCAGAUAUCACUUAACGACGAUUCGGACAGUUUGUCGGGUGAAGUUGAUAUUAAUCGCACUAAUGGAAGAAACACCAUGGAGAAACAACCGGAUGAAAUGUACGGAACGAAUACCCUGGCUGAGAAGGCUGUUGAAAACGAUGCAUUGUAUACAAAUAACCUAAAAGUAUUUUCGUAAAAUAAAUAACCUCUUGUUUACUUAUUCGAUAGGUUGAGGUACCAUUAGAAUUUAACGACGCUAAAAUGGAUCUAUAUUUAUAUACUGCAUGUACUCAGAGCAAUGGAUGCAUUCUAAAUAAUUUGUCACUAUUUCAUCAGUUAUAUAUGUGCAAAUCAGAUCAAAAUAGUAAUGUUAAUGUUCUAUACUCUGUCGUGUUUGCCGCGUAACAAAUUCGACAAAGAUUCUAACGUUUGCUUCACGUUGAAAACCGAAAUUGGACGUUAAGCUGUCGGAUUUGAGUAUACUUUGUCAUAUAGCGUACUUAUAGUAAAGAAAAGUAUUAAAAUAUAGUCGGGCUAACCAACCAUAUUGUUAUAAAUGCUGGGAAACCUUAUUGAAGUGAAAACUUCUUUAGCGGCGCUGUGCACUUUUUGUGAUGGGGAAAAAAAAAUCGCGUCAGGGGUCACGUGACCGUCAGAUUGAAAAUUCGUCAGACGGACACGUGACAUCAUGGUGACGUGCAAAUUGAAUGUCAUCGAAGCCCGGGAGUCGGGUAAGCGAAGAUCGGGAAAAUCGAAAUUCGCGAAUUGCGGGGAUCUUUCUCUUUUACUCUCACUAAGACGUAAUUAGAGUUACUGAGAACAAUGUCCGCAAUUGACGAACUUCGAUUUUCGCGAUUAGGCCUCCUGGUUACUUUUGAAAAAUCGUAUCUCAUUCAAAUGUGACAUUUUAUUGUCUUUAUAAUCAAAGAGUUCUUCAUAACGGUUAAAGAGGUUUAAUCUUUGUUAAUUGUGUUGUAUUGUAUCUUUGUGUUAUUGGGUGACCAUGAUUGAAGAUACCCAAAUUUUUCCUUACCAAAAAGUUAAAUAACAGAAAAGAAGCGUGAUUGUUUUACUUUAUAUGAUGGUGAACGAUUCAUUAACAUUUACUGAUUGUGUAGGCUGUAGUCCUGCUCACGUCUCAAGCCCCCUCCAGACUAUGCGCGUGAAUCGCGGAGCGAACAUACCGCGACGUUGACGUAGACUCCACACUCGCACAACUUCACGGCGAUUUCACAGUUUGGAUCGCGGCAAGAUGGCGCCGAAGCGUCAGCGGAUCGGAUUUAGUUUGCGGCAAUGCACUGAUUCAAACUGGGAACUGUCAAAUUGAUUCUUGGUUGAUCAAGUUCGCACCCAAUAUAACCAAGUAGCCGCCAUAGAAGGUUAUGACAGUUUAACAGAUUAACCGACUCGUGAGCGAAUCGCGGCGCGAAGCGAUUGCGGGUGUGGAGUCUUGCAAGUUCGCGCUUUGCGUCUCCUUUGACGCGGGCCAAAUACCGACAAAAAACGGGGAAUAAGGCGCGAAGGCGUGAACAAUCUGCGAAAUCGACGCGAGGGCCCUCCACACUCGCGUUCGCGGAUUCGCGCCUUGAUUCGCGCACGAGUGUGGCGGGCCCUUUAUGAAUUACUCUGUAUAUGUUAUAUAUUAACACUAAUAUUCGCAUUUCAAAAUAUCUUCCACACUCAAAUUUAUUUACGUAAGUAUAAUAGAGAAUUAUCUUUUUUUAUAAAACUGCUACUCAAUUUCUCCAAAAUAUCAAAAACGCACAACGUUAAUAUUCAAGUUUUCACUUCUGCCGGAACUCCCAGAGUGCAA